AUGGAAUGUGAUGAUUGCGGCGGCCCACCGGCUCCAUCCGCUGAGCCUCUCGACACUACGGCCCCGGCUCACGGAAAGCUCAACCAGGGGAAAAUGGACGAUUGCUGCUCUCCGGGUAGACUCCCGGGCAACGAAGCCGAGAAUAAUACCGACGCGCCUGACUGCUGCCGUGGCAAAGUCCGCCCAUGCUGCGACGCCUUUUGCCUUGACCUCCUGGCUUUGCGGGAAUGCGAGAUGAGUACCGCGGCUGCUCCCACCCCAAACGUCCAGCCAAACACUUGCGGUGGAGCUACCGACAGCAAGGCAUGCAGCCACCAUAGUCUCUCCGCCCUCGACCGUUACGGCGCUACUUUACAAGCCCUGGGGUGUAUCUGCCGCGCUCUCAUUGCUCUUGGCCAAGAAACCUGCUGUGAAAUUCGUGAGCGCCAGACUUUGGACAGGAAGCAGUGCUCCAGGAAGUCAUCUGCUCGCUCCGUUCUUCGUACUUCUCUGGAUUCCUACAGUAGUAGCGGCUCCCUGGCUAAGGACCAGGCCGCGCAGAACCAUCUUCGCCUGCGAAGGGGCUCUCGUGAAAGCGCCAGGUCUGUCAAGAAGCCAUUCGCGGAUCCCUGCGUUGUCUCAUUUUGUUCAACGGACAAGCCCUCCAAAGAGCCUCCGUUCGAAUGUAAGUGCCCGAAGUCGUGGUGCUCUGGGGGCCAACCUGUCAAGGAACCUUACCCGAAGAGCAACUUUGGUGUCUCUUGCUGCACGGAAGCCAAUAUCAAAGAAGCCCCAACGAAAAACAAAUGCUCCUAUUCUCGCUUCUUGGAGGCUCCCCGUGUCGAAGAAUCCCCUCCCAAGGUCAGCUGCCCCGGAUCAUGCUGCCCCGGAGACCAGCCUGUCAAAGACAAUGACAGCAAGAGCAUAUAUCCGGACUCCUCCUGGUCGAAGGUCAAGCCUAUUGUUGAAUCUCCAACUAGCGGAUGUGCAGGGUCUUGUUGUGGUAAAGGUAAGGACACGAUUACUCAAGAGCCCUCCAAUGCCGCCUCCUCUGGCUCUUGCUGUAAGCCACCGAAGCAGGAUAUCUUGAAGACUUCGAAGACUAGUUGCACAGAAAAGCAGCCGGUCAGCCCUCGAGGCUCUUGCACCGAUGCUUGCAACUCCUCUACUGCGGCCAAUCCUGGUUUAGAGAUUGAGAGAGCCCCGAAUCAGGCUAUCACCGACCUAGAGAGUCAGGGCAUCGGUGAGGAACAUGUUGUUCUCAGCAUUUCUGGCUUGACUUGUACUGGUUGCGAGACAAAGCUCAACCGAACCCUCGCUACCGUCCGUGCCGUCAAAGACUUGAAAACCAGUCUGGUUCUCUCACGCGCCGAGUUCAACAUUGAUCUUCGCCUUGGUUCGGUAGAGGACGUCAUCAAACAUCUAGAGCGAACAACUGAAUUUAAGUGCGAAAGAGUCCAGAACCAGGGAUCUAGCUUAGAUCUUAUAGUCCCCGAUGAGCCCUCUAAAUUCAUUAGUCAGACGUGGCCGGACGGAGUUCUUGAUAUGGCGCCCGUGGACAAGCAGACCGUGCGAGUUGCGUUUGAUCCGAAGAUCGUGGGAGCUCGAGACCUCACCGAGAAGAUUUGGGACCGGCCAAUUGAACUUGCUCCUCCACGCGGUGACCCUUCGCUGGAGGCUGGCAGCCAGCAUGUUCGUCAUGUUGGAUACAUGACGCUUCUUUCCGCUGCUUUGACAAUUCCGGUCCUGGUCAUGGCAUGGGCUCCGCUUCCUGAGAGGGCGGUGGCAUAUGCCUCGGCUUCACUCACCUUGGCCACGAUUGUUCAAGUUGUCAUAGCGGGGCCUUUCUAUCCUAAAGCCCUGAAGGCUCUCGUUUUCUCGAGGGUUAUCGAGAUGGACCUCUUGAUCGUCUUGAGUACUAGUGCGGCCUACAUCUUCUCGGUGGUCUCCUUUGGGUAUCUCGUUGCAGAGCAGCCCCUUUCGACUGGUCAAUUUUUUGAAACGAGCACUCUCUUGGUCACCUUGAUCAUGGUUGGUCGAUGGGUUGCCGCUCUCGCUCGUCAGAGAGCUGUUGCAUCCAUUUCUAUCCGGUCGCUUCAGGCAUCGACAGCCAUCCUUGUCGACAAAGAGACUGGAACGGAACGUGAGAUUGACGCCCGACUUUUUCAAUACGGUGACACAUUCAAAGUUCUCCCUGACACCAAAAUCCCGACCGACGGCACUGUCAUCAAUGGGUCGUCUGAAGUUGAUGAGUCUAUGCUCACUGGUGAAUCCAGACCAGUGGAGAAAUACCCUGAGUCUGUGGUGAUUGCUGGGUCUAUCAAUGGACCUGGAGUUAUGACUGUUCGACUGAACCGUUUGCCUAGCGAUAACACUAUCAAUGCUAUUGCUGCGAUGGUCGAUGAAGCCAAACUGUCGAAACCCAAGCUGCAGGAUCUUGCGGACCGGGUAGCAUCCUAUUUCGUCCCGGUUGUGGUGGCAUUAACGAUCAUCACGUUCGUCAUCUGGGUUGCAGUGGGGAUGACUCUUCGUGGACAUGAUGGAUCCGAAGCUACAAUUCAGGCCAUCACCUACGCCAUUACUGUCCUCAUCGUCUCUUGCCCCUGUGCUAUUGGACUGGCUGUUCCUAUGGUUAUUGUGAUAGUUAGCGGAGUUGUGGCGGAAAGAGGUAUCAUCUUCAAGUCAGCAGACGCUAUUGAAGUGGCUCAUAAGACGUCGCACGUCGUGUUUGAUAAGACUGGGACCUUGACUCAGGGAAAGCUUUCAGUCGUCGCUAAGAACUGCGUCAAAGUGGAUAACCUCCCGCUUCUUCUAGGCCUCAUCGAAACCAGUCGCCACCCGGUCUCGGUUUCUGUGGCUACUUACCUCAAGGAAACUGGUGUUACGGCUUCGACUGUUUCUGAGUCUAAGAGCCUUACUGGUAAAGGUAUUGAAACCACAUUCGGCGGCCGGAAACUUCAAGCAGGCAAUUCUCGCUGGCUGAAUUUAUCGGAAAAUGAACAUGUGCAACAAAUGCUUGCUCAAGGGUACACUGUCUUCUGCUUUACUAUCGACAAUGCGUUACAGGCGGUCUACGGUCUUGAAGAUGAGCUUCGACCUGACGCUGCGGCGACGAUUGAGACCUUGCAGAAGCGUGACGUCUCGGUACAUGUCGUUUCUGGCGACGAUGACGGAGCUGUCCAUUCUUUGGCAUCCAAGCUUGGCAUUCCUGGCGGCAAUGUGCGUUCUCGAAGCUCGCCCGCUGACAAGAAGGACUACAUUCAGACGCUCCUCGGUACUGGCGCAGAUGGCAAUAAACCAGUUGUUGUUUUCUGCGGUGAUGGCACCAACGAUGCUGCCGCUCUCGCGCAGGCUACGAUCGGUGUUCACAUAAACGAAGGCACCGAUGUCGCGCAGUCCGCCGCUGAUGUGGUUCUCCUGCGGCCUUCUUUGGCUGGCAUCUGCACCAUGAUGAACGCCAGUCAGAAAUCUGUCAACCGCAUCAAGCUCAACUUUAUAUGGAGCUUCGUGUACAACACCUUUGCAGUCCUUCUCGCUGCGGGUGCUUUUGUAAAUGCCAGAAUCCCUCCAGAGUUUGCAGGACUGGGAGAGUUAGUGAGUGUAUUGCCUGUCAUUGCUGCCGCGGUGCUUCUGCGUUGGUCGAAGAUCUAG